AUGACUUCUUCUUCAAAUAAUAUUUUACAAAACUGUUUAAAUGAAACCUCCGUGGUUUCAGCUCCAGUCUCUACAAAUAUGAUUAUUGAUUCACCAACUGUACCUUCACAUGAUGAACUUUCGUCCAAUGUUUCAUUUGAUGGUUGUCAACAAGUAGAAAAUAAAAAGAAAAAGAAAAUUAAACACAAACUUACGACAUCUACAAUUAAAAAAAAACGUACACAUUAUCAAACAAACAUUAUUUCAAAAUCUGCUGCACCCUCACCUUUGUCGUCUAUAUCUGCCUCUGUUGCUGCUGAACCUUUACUACAUAAGAUCCCAGGUGUUCAACAAGUUCAAAAUGUUCAACAAUUGCAAGAUAUUCAACAAGUCUCAGGUGGUCCACAAGUUCAAGGUGCUCUAUCUUUAUCUCAUCCACAACAGAUUUUAAUCACUGCUGAAUCUACUUGUUAUGCACAAACACAUCAGAACCAUUGGCAUGAUACGUUUGGUGAUGUAGACUAUACAUUUCCAUCUUCUCCGUCUAUUCCACCACAAUUAUCAUUGUUAGUUAAAAAUGUAGAUCUUCGUCUGGAUUUCAAUGAAUUUUCUCAAGAAAUUAAAACAUCUUAUCCACAAGUUAAACUUGAAUUAUCUUCUUCUACUUUACGUGAAGAAUUAUUAAUUAAAAGAAAAAUUACUGUUGGUUAUAUAGUCUAUGACAUUGAUGAGUAUUUGGCACCUGCAAAUAUUUUAAUUUGGUCUAAAUGCACGGCAAUUUAUGACCGAAAAAAAGAAAAUGAUUUACUUGUUAAAGAAAAUUUAAAUUUACUUUCUAAACAAUCUGUUGAAUUUAAAAAAGAUUUGGUGCAUCAAAGUCUUUUAAUUGAACGACAUAAAAACUUAUUCAUGAAAUUAAUUGUUCCAAUGUUUGAAGAUCUAUUUGGUUUGAUUGCAUCACAAAAUCAGGACAAAAAAGGAAAUAUACUUGAUCCUGAUCUUAAACUUAAACUUGAACGUUAUCUUAUUCAAAUGACGAAAAUAAAAGAAGAACUUCAUCUUUUUUUUUCUUCUCAACUUGAUAAUCUUCUUCGUCUUCGUAAUGCUCCUUCUCUACAUGCUCUUAUUGAUUCAUUAGGACAAAUUGUCAAAGAAAGUGAUCUUAUGUGUAAUGUAGCAGCUGAUUAUUACGAAGACUUUUUUAAAGCAUCAAAUAUUGUUAGACUUCAUCCUUAUACUGAUUCACCUCCAAUUGAAUAUGAUAAUAAUAAUGAAGUUAUUCCUGAAGUAACACUUAAUGAACUUAUAAAUACUGUUGUAGCUAAAAAGAAAAAAAAAAUCUCUAGAUGCUCAUGGUAUUUCGAAUUAUAUGUUUAA